UCUGCUCACGCGGGUCGCGCGCGCCACCCCGCAAGGGAGAGCGACACCGCCGACUCAACUCGGCUCAGCUCCAAAGGGGACUGUACUUUUCGGUCCCUGGCCCUUCACUCUGUCUCCCUCUCUGUUCAUGCAGCGUCGCACUCAUCCGGUUCUCUUCUUCCUCCUCGUCUCUGCCAAGUCCUGCUUCUCGCAGCUGCAUUUCUGCGCUCAUUUCUUCCCUUUUCGAUUCGCAAAGGCUUCAGUCGAGUUCUGUAAUUUGGGUCAGCUAACGGAGUGGAGGUACCCAAGUUACUGCAAGCAUUUGAGGCCCACUGAAAAUUUCCCCCCUUUUCGUUUCCAACCAAUCUUUGGUGCUCCUCGAAUUCUUCCGGUCUUUGACAUUCAGGGAGGCCAUUUUCAGAUUGAGCUAGUUCAGUGGGGCAGUUUCUUCAACCAAAGAUCGCCUCCUUUUGACCCAUUCUUGAUUCGUCCGGGGUUCCUUUCCUCUCCUCCGUUAAGUGGAGCUCUCUCCCGCCAUUGCUCGAUCGCGUUUGUUGUUGCUUGGUGGGUGCCGCCAUGGAUCCCUUCCGCGGCAUUGUGAAGGAGGAAGAGUUCGACUUCGAUUUCGACUUCACCGGCGCUUCGGCGGUGGGCGCUCCGGCAGCGGGGACGGCGGCGUCGUCCUCCUGGGCCGUUGUCGUGCCGGAGCAGCCCCGGCCGAUGGAAGGGCUCGGCGAGGUGGGGCCUACUCCAUUCCUGACCAAGACCUACGACGUCGUGGAUGACCCCAACACCGACACCGUCGUCUCCUGGGGGUUCGCCGGCCACAGCUUCGUCGUCUGGGACGCCAACGCCUUCGCCAACGUGAUCCUCCCGCGCUACUUCAAGCACAGUAACUUCUCCAGCUUCGUCCGCCAGCUCAACACAUACGGGUUCAGGAAGGUUGAUCCGUACAGGUGGGAGUUCGCGAACGAGGGCUUCCUCCGGGACAAGAGGGAGCUCCUCAAGACGAUCAAGCGCCGGCGCCCGCCGUCGAGCCCGUCGGCGCAGCAGGGGCAGGCGCAGCCGCCGGCAGCGUGCCUGGAGGUGGGGCAGUUCGGGCUCGAGGGCGAGGUGCAUCGGCUGCAGCGCGACAAGGGGAUCCUGCUCGCGGAGGUGGUGAAGCUGCGGCAGGAGCAGCAGGCGACGCGCGCGCAGAUGCAGGCCAUGGAGGAGCGGAUCACCACAGCGGAGAAGAAGCAGCAGCAGAUGACGGUGUUCCUGGCGCGCGCCAUGAAGAACCCGAGCUUCCUGCGGAUGCUGGUCGACCACCAGGGGCUGGCCGACCGCCGGAGGGAGCUCGAGGACGCGCUUUCCAAGAAACGCCGCCGGCCCAUCGAGUACCUCCCACGCGACGACGAGAGCAGCAGCAGUGCCGCCGCUGAGGCGGCGGUGGGCGACUACAUUUCCGGCCUCCCGGUCGGCGUGAACGGCGUGGCUGAGCCGGACGACGACGAGGGCCGGCGGGACGACCGCGGCGGCGGCGGGGAGGACACGGAAAGCUUCUGGAUGGAGCUGCUGAACCUCGGCCUGGAGGAGAAGCACCGGGAGGGCGGCGGCGCUGGCGCGGACAACGACGUCGACGACGACGACGACGUGGACGUGCUUGUGCAGAGCAUCUACCACCUGAACCCGAACCCGGGCAGCCCCAGGGGCGAGUGAAAGUUCCAGAACAUUCCAGAACCCACCAUGGAAGCAUCCAGGUGGGCACUAAAAAAUUUCGCGAAUUUUUUUUAUCUUUGACCACUAAUUUCGAGUAUUAAAUAAAGUCUAAUUAUAAAACU